GUGGCUCACGCAGUUCUGCCAGAGGGCCCUGCUUCCCGCUUUGGGGAAUUGAACCUUGACUCGACGCGGCUGCUCCCUCGGGGGUGGAGGGAGGCCUGUGAGCGGAACUCGGCUGCUUCAGGCGCCGAGGAGGGGAGCGAGCCCGCGCGGCGCUCUGCCCCUUUGCCCCUAGACGCGCCCGCCUUCGGGGGCGGAGAGAGCCGACUCCGCCCGCGCCCGUCACGAGGAGCCGUGUAAACAGUGUCGGUUCGCAGGCUUCCCGAGGAGGCGGCGGCUGUUGCCUUUCCUCCGCUAUGGAGGAUAGCCUGGCCCGCGCCUUCGGAGGCCUGAGCCUCCGCCAGCCCCCCGCGCAAGGCAAGGGCCCCCCUCGCAGGAGGCGCCGCUUCAGCAAAAGCCUCUACUUGCUGCGAGGCCUGCCCGGCUCCGGGAAAAGUACUCUGGCCAGGCAACUGAAACGUGAAUUUCCCAGUGCAGUUGUUCUGAGCACUGAUGACUACUUCUCUGCAGAGGACGGCACAUAUGUGUUUGAUCCUGAUGCUCUAGAAGAUGCACAUAGAUGGAACCAAAAGAGAGCACGUAAAGCCAUGAAGAAUGGGAAAUCCCCAGUUAUUAUUGAUAAUACCAACGUCCACGCUUGGGAAAUGAAGCCAUAUGUGAUAAUGGCACUUGAACACAGCUAUGAAGUUCUUUUUCGAGAGCCAGAUACACACUGGAAAUUCAAUGUUCGGGAACUAACCAGACGGAAUGGCCAUGGUGUUCCACGAGAGAAAAUACAGAGGAUGAAGGAGCAAUAUGAGCAUGAUGUUACCUUUCAUGAUGUGCUUCAUUCAGAAGAACCAGCCAGACAUUUCAGUAGAUCCUAUGGCGUUUACGAUACUGGUUAUUCCCAUGUGAACUCAACAUUCCCCAACAGAAGAGCUAACAGCAACUCCAGAAAUGAAAGAUCAUUUAGGAGGAGAAAUGAUUUCUACGAAGUAUUUUAGAGUUUUUAAUCAAGUUGUAUAAAAUUUUGUUUUCUACCUUCAGGAAUUCUGUGCUUAAAAUAUUUGUAUUUUUC